UUUUUUUUUUUUUUUUUUCAAUCGGCGAAACGUUUUCAGUUUUCGAAAAGGUUUUGGGAUUUUCUGGCAUAACGUUUCGGGGAGAUGCCUUGGGGACUAUACAUGAUUGGAUCCUCUGAGAUGAGGGAAAUUUCCGGUUUUGCUUAAAGGUUGUUUUUUCAUUUGGAACACAUAUUUGGUUAUUUCAUUUUUAAAUUUAUUGAAGACUAGGCGAAAAUUGAUGUUUUUUUAAUCUCGAUUAGUGCGAUUUCUGGGGUGGAGAUUGGAAAAAGUUUUGCUCUUUUAACGGGUAUUUUUUCGAAACGAUAAAAGCAAUUUUGGCUUCUGGGUUCGUUUCCAUUUCCAUUGUUCUCGACUGAUAAUUUUUGGUGUUAAACAAUUAAGUGUUCUUUGUUUUAUUGGUUUGAACUAGCUACCUCUGAAGGAUUUUCCUUCUUUAAUUUUAUGGGUUUCCAUAUUCUUGUUCUUUAGAUAAUGAUCCACUAAUUCACUAGUUUAGUAGGGAUGAUAUUUUUUAGCAAUUCUUGAGAAGACCCUUUUCUUUUUUACUAUAACUUCUGCUUUAGCACUUUCUGGCAGGAUUUGGCUUUUCAUAAUUGCCAUAAUUUGAGAGAGAUAUAUUAAUGGGUUUGAUGGACUGAAAUUUGAUUAUAUGUUUUUUAGUUUCGUUAAAAUGGAGUAGACCACUUGUUAAUCAUUUUGUUGCUGCAAAAGGCAGAAGCUACUUACAAAUCCAAUUCUUUUUCAAGAGUUGAGGGCGCGAAGAUGGCUGUUUCUUUGACCCGUUUUUCAUGGUGGUUGUGGAGUGGUAAGGAGAAAGAACCAGUCUCAAAUGGCUCUUCUUUGAGUUCAUCUACUGAUUACUUGGUUUCUGGAUUGAGAGAGCUUGAUUCUUUUAAAUUCCCCACAAAGAAUUUGGCAUCACCGAGAAAAGUUAGGAGGAAAUGGCAUAGUAGGGAAGAAAGGAAAGUUGAUAAGCAUUAUGGUGAUGCUGUUGUGGUGCCAUCAGAUGGUGGGGUUUGCUUAUCAGGUUCAGAAUCUGAUGGCCCAGAUUGGUCCAUCGGGUGGGUUGAGCCUCAUGGUCCUGAUUUUAGAAGUGACGAAGAAAAUGACGAUGGCUUUGCAGUGCUGGUUCCUUGUUAUAGGCCUGGUUGUAAGGAAUUAGUGGACAAUUCAAAUAACCAGCUUUUAAGUGCCAUCAAGAAUUUACCAAAUGAAUUCUCUUCCGAGGGAAAGAAAUACAUGGAGUUGCUAUCUGCUGUUCAGAAUUUCUGAAGUCUAGAGUUGGCUGGCAGCUAAUGACUAUUGCAUCCGGUGAUACUUUCAAUAACAUAGCCUGUGACUUCAGAUUAUAUCUGCAAGAGCUUCUUGAGCUGAAGUGCUAAGGAUCAAACAUCCAUUCAAGUUGAGGGUAAAGGCUCUUAGUUUAGAAAACAUGUUAAAUAUGUUUAAUUUAGGGAAGACUUAGAAGAAGAAAGAUGUUUCUCAGUUAAUGCCAUGCUAGUGAUAUUUCAACGAUUAGGUGCUGAUACUGGUUGAAAGGGAAAAUAUGAGACGAGAUGGGAAUUUUUUUUUUUUUUUCUUUUGUGUAAAUACUGCUGCUUUUGUAAGAUAUAUGCUUUGAGCUUACUAGUGCUUCCAUGCAUCUACCACUAGUACUUGUAAAUAAUUCUCAUCUUUCCCUGUUCAUCAAUGGCAAUAUAAAAAAUAUAUAAAGCUUAUAAUCUUGCACC